GUAAUAAGCAGCCACACUGGCAUACAGUUAAUUUCGUCGCCGUGCUAAAUUCUUGUUUUUUAAUGUUUUAAUUGUGAUUAAAAUACUGAGCAGCAGAAUAGCUACGACAAACAACGCCCUUGAUGGGAUCAAAGCAUGUGAGCUGUACCAAACAGCACGCGAAUUAGAACGCAGUGCAAAACGGGCCGUGUGAGGUGUGCCGACAAACAUCGAAUUGUGCCGUGUGAAAAGUGUACGUACGUGAGGAUUUUCCGCACAUAGUGGACUUAAAACGAGCAUACUGACACACACACACAAGGGCAUAUUUACAGCAUAAAUCAAGCGAUAUUAUAGUGCAGAGCUGUCACCACAGACAAGGCGGCGGUAACUGUUUGUGUGUGAGCGUUAAAGCAAAAGAUAAACUUGCUUUUGUGAGCCAUGUCGGCACGUUCCAGCGGUUCUGUGGCUGCCGUGGCCGCAAUGUCCGCCGCCGCCUCAUCAUCAUCGGCCGCAGCAUCCGGGGGCGAUGUGCCGCGCCCACCGCCGCGGCGCCGGGCCGCCUCUGUUGCGGGACAACAGCAGACGCGUCAGGAGUUCGGCAAUGGACACACGCCACGUCGAUCGUUGGCUGCAGUGAACGACUCUGGCGACUCGUGUCAUCUGCGGAUUGUGGUGCUCAGCGGCCAGUCCCUGGCCAAGAAGGACAUAUUCGGCGCCAGCGAUCCAUAUGUCCGAAUCGAUUUGAACACAAUCAAUGGUGAUAUUAAUAUUGACUCGGUUUUGACAAAAACAAAAAAGAAGACACUGAAUCCAUCCUGGAACGAGGAGUUCAUAUUCAGAGUGAAACCCUCUGAGCAUAAGCUUGUCUUUCAAGUAUUCGACGAGAAUCGGCUGACUCGCGACGACUUUCUGGGCAUGGUCGAGCUCACGCUGGUCAAUCUGCCCACAGAGCAGGAGGGCCGGACGAUCGGCGACCAAGGCUACACUCUGCGUCCGCGCAGGUCAGUAGGCAGCGCCAAAUCCCGCAUCAAGGGCAAUCUGAAGAUCUAUCACGCCUUCAUCCGCGAGACGCGCGAACAGAGCGAGCCCUCGAGCAGCAACAGCGAUGGGGAAUGGGAGCACGUGGAGGCCACCAAUGCCAGCGACACGUCAGCGCAGCCGCAUCCGUUUCCUACUGGCGGCAACGAUGCCUUGCCCGCCGGCUGGGAGGAGCGACAGGAUGCCAAUGGGCGCACAUAUUAUGUGAAUCACACGGCAAGGACGACGCAAUGGGAGAGACCCACUGUUUUGAAUAGCAACAGUGGCCAGUCGGCCGAUCAACUGGCCUCUGAUUUCCAGCGACGUUUUCACAUCAGCGUGGACGAAACGGAGACUGGACGCUCGGCGGAUGCCGUCAGUCGCAAUAGUUUAGAGGACGAAAGCACAGCAGUAAACACACCAGAAGCAACCACACCAACCACAAUCUCACCACCAAACACCACACCAACGAUCCACAACGAGAACAAUGGCAAUGGCAAUGGCAGUGGGAAUAUGUUGAGCGAUCCGACACAGGAUACAACCAGUUUUGUUUACAAUUCCCUGCGACAUCCUGUUGCCGCUAGGCCACCCGAAAUCUCAGCCACCAGCUUGCAAAACGAUUUGCGUCCGGUGCGCCAGGCGCCCGAUGUACCAGACAUUGCCAUGACCACGAUCCUGACACGGCGGGCCAUCGACAACAUGGCCUACAAUCUGGGACGGCACGAGCAGGAGCAUAACCAACAGCAGCAGCAGCAGCAGCGGCAGCAGCGGCGGCGCCAGCAAAUGCAGCUGCAUAUACAGCAGCACCAGCAGCGGCAACAGCAGCAGAACAGACAAUUGCCCGAAGUAGAUCUUCGCCAGCAACGACGCCGCCAGCAACAGCAGCAGCAACAGCAACAGCAGCAGCUCCAGCUCCAGUUGCACUUGCAGCCACAUCCGCAUCUGAACGAAGACAACGAUCACACAGACAGCCACAAUUCCUCAGAGAUCUCAGCUCCGCCCACCCGACGCAAUUCCGAGGAAGACAAUGCGGCUGUGCCACCACAGGAUCAAAAUGCUGGCGGCGAGGAGGAGGCACUGCCACCGCGCUGGUCCAUGCAAGUGGCGCCCAACGGCCGCACUUUCUUCAUUGACCAUGCCUCGCGUCGCACCACCUGGAUAGAUCCACGCAAUGGACGGGCCAGUCCCAUGCCAAACCAGACACGACGCGUCGAGGACGACCUGGGACCCUUGCCGGAGGGCUGGGAGGAGCGUGUGCAUACGGAUGGGCGUGUAUUCUACAUAGAUCACAAUACACGCACCACACAGUGGGAGGAUCCACGUUUGUCCAAUCCAAACAUUGCCGGACAGGCGGUGCCCUAUUCGAGGGACUACAAACAGAAAUACGAGUAUUUCAAGAGUCACAUUAGAAAGCCUACAAACGUACCAAAUAAACUGGAAAUACGCAUUCGCCGUACAUCCAUAUUGGAGGACUCGUACCGAAUCAUCAGUUCGGUGACAAAAACAGAUCUACUGAAGACUAAGUUGUGGGUGGAAUUUGAGGGAGAGACUGGUUUAGAUUACGGUGGCCUUGCUAGGGAGUGGUUCUAUUUACUAUCCAAAGAAAUGUUUAAUCCAUACUACGGACUAUUUGAGUACUCGGCGAUGGAUAACUACACAUUGCAAAUCAACAACGGCAGCGGUUUGUGCAAUGAGGAGCAUUUAAGUUACUUCAAAUUCAUUGGACGGAUUGCUGGCAUGGCUGUAUAUCAUGGCAAGCUGCUGGAUGCCUUCUUUAUUCGUCCUUUCUACAAGAUGAUGCUGCAAAAGCCCAUCGACCUGAAGGACAUGGAGUCUGUGGACACGGAGUACUACAACUCGUUGAUGUGGAUCAAGGAGAACGAUCCGCGCAUUCUGGAGCUGACAUUCUGCCUGGACGAUGAUGUGCUGGGCCAGAAGAGCCAGCACGACCUGAAGCCUGGUGGCGCCAACAUAGACGUGACCAAUGAGAACAAAGACGAGUACAUCAAGCUCGUCAUUGAAUGGCGCUUUGUCGCGCGCGUCAAGGAACAAAUGUCGUCCUUCCUCGACGGCUUUGGCUCGAUUAUUCCCCUGAAUCUGAUAAAGAUCUUCGAUGAGCACGAGCUGGAGCUGCUGAUGUGCGGCAUCCAGAACAUCGAUGUCAAGGACUGGCGCGAGAAUACGCUGUACAAGGGCGACUAUCACAUGAAUCACAUAAUUAUCCAAUGGUUCUGGCGUGCCGUUCUCUCCUUUUCCAACGAGAUGCGCUCUCGCCUCCUACAGUUCGUGACCGGCACCUCGCGCGUGCCCAUGAAUGGUUUCAAAGAGCUGUACGGCUCGAAUGGCCCACAGAUGUUCACCAUUGAGAAGUGGGGCACACCCAACAACUUUCCACGGGCACACACUUGCUUUAAUCGCCUGGACCUGCCGCCCUACGAGGGCUACCUGCAGCUGAAGGACAAGCUGAUCAAGGCCAUUGAGGGCAGUCAAGGCUUCGCGGGUGUUGAUUAAUAACACCGGAAACGGGGAUGAUGGCGAGUGGCUUUGGCAGGAGGUGCAGCAGCAGUUUCAGCAGCGCCAGGAAGAAGAGCAACAGCAGCAGGAACAACGAUUUCACACUACAUCACAACAACAACAUCAACAACAACAGCAGAACAACCGCAACAGCAACCUCAUUGCAUUCACGUGGAACAGCACCGCCAGCAGAUCGUGUACUUAUUUGUUCGUUUGCUUUUGUAUUAUAAUCAUUUUUGCUAGUUUAGUGUUAUUUCGUAUGUACUUUUAACUAGGCGCCAACACAACCACACACAGACACGCAGAGACAGAGAUAGAGACAGAUAGCGACACAGAAUCCAAAUAAAAUCCUAACAAAGAGUCCAAACUGCA